CCACGUCCCAGUUUGCGCGGGGCUCGCCUGCUCUCCGGAGCGCGCACGUCUCGGAGCGGGGCGUUGUGAGCCCGCGCCCGGCGGAGGGCCGGGAAUCCGCGGCUGUGCUCCGCCGGGACUCGAGGGCGCCGGAACCAUGUGGAAGUUGCUCCGGGCCCCGGCCCCGGCCCCCGGAGAACCAUACAGACUUUUGACUGGUGUUGAGUACAUUGUUGGAAGGAAAAACUGUGCUAUUCUAAUUGAAGAUGAUCAGUCAAUCAGUCGAAAUCAUGCUGUGUUAACAGCUAACUUCUCUGUAACCAACUUGAGUCAAACAGAUGAUAUUCCUGUAUUAACAAUAAAAGAUAAUUCUAAAUAUGGCACAUUUGUUAAUGAGGAAAAAAUGCAGAAUGGCCUUUCCCAAACACUAAAAACAGGAGAUAGAGUUACCUUUGGAGUGUUCGAAAGUAAAUUCAGAGUAGAGUAUGAGCCUUUGGUUGUAUGCUCUUCUUGUUUAGAUAUCUCUGGGAAGACAGCUUUAAAUCGAGCUGUUUUGCAACUUGGAGGACUUACUAUAAACAACUGGACAGAAGAAUGUACUCACCUUGUCAUGGUAUCAGUUAAAGUUACCAUUAAAACAAUAUGUGCACUUAUUUGUGGAUGUCCAAUUGUGAAGCCAGAAUAUUUUACUGAAUUUAUCAAAGCAAUUCAGUCCAAGAAACAGCCUCCGCAAAUUGAAAGUUUUUAUCCACCUAUUGAUGAACCAUCUAUUGGAAAUAAGAAUAUUGAUCUAUCAAGACGACAGGAAAGAAAGCAUAUCUUCCAGGGAAAAACAUUUGUAUUUUUAAAUGACAAACAGCAUAAGAAGUUAAGUUCAGCAGUUGUUUUUGGUGGCGGUGAAGCAAGAUUGAUCAUGGAAGAAAAUGAAGAAGAAGAUAGUUUCUUUUCAGCUCCAGGAACCUGUGUUGUUGAUACUAGAGUAACAAAUACACAGAUCUUAAUUCCUGACUCUCAGAAAAAAUGGAUUCAUUCGAUUGUAGACAUGCUCCAAAGACAGGGUCUCAGACCCAUUCCUGAAGCAGAAAUUGGAUUGGCAGUUAUUUUCAUGACUACUAAGGGUUACUGUGAUCCUCAGGGCCAACCCAGUACAGAAUUAAAGACAACGCCAGGGCCAAGCCUUUCUCAAGACUUGUCAGCCAGUGAAAAAAUAAUUCCAAGUGCUCCUGUGAAUGGUACAUUGAUCAUGAAUGGCUCAGAAUCAGAGCAACUAGAUGCUUGUAUAUAUUUGAGUGAAAUGUCAAAAGAAGUAAAAAUUUCCGGAAUGGGACAGAAAUUUAGAAUGCUUUCGCAAGAAACAUCUACUACAAAGGAGCCCUUCCCAAAUAAUAGUAAUAAUAAUACAGUAUCAAAUACUUUAGUUAAAACUAAGUUUUCAAACUGUCAGCUUUCACCAACUAAAGUCCUACCUGUAAAUAAAAGUAGAGCUUCAGCUUCUCAACAGCAGCUGAAUUCAAUCAAAAACUACUUUCAACCAUCUUCUAAAAAAAGGGAAAGGGAUGAAGAAAAUCAAGAAUUGUCUUCAUCCAAGUCAGCAAGAAUAGAAAUGUCUUGUUCUCUUUUAGAACAGACACAACCAACGACACCCUCAUUGUGGAAAAAUAAGGCGCAAGAUUCAUCUCAGGAUGAGCCCAUGGGCAAAGAAUCAGAUAACUUAUUUUCAGAUGAUGUAGAUUUAAAAUCUGAUGUGAAAAAUUCUGCCAGUAAAUUUCUUUCUUCAGAAAAAAGAAAAAUUGAUAUUUCAGCCAUAGAAGAUGAGAUAUUAGAAAAUUUACUCAAGGACACAAAGCCAGAGUUAGAAAAUAAUGUGAAAGUUGAAAAGCCAGAGGAAGAUGGGAAUAUUAGAAAAAAGCCAAAGAUGGAUAUAGAAACAAACAACUCUAAUGAUGAAACAAUACCGGAAAGGAGUAACAUAUCUGUCAAUGAUGAACUUCAGGACAGUAGUGAAAUGCUUCCAAGAAAGGUACUACUGACUGAAUUUAGAUCACUAGUGGUUAGUAACACCACUUCCAGAAAUCUGUGUGGGGUAAAUAAUAAUUAUGGUCAACUCAAGAAUUUCAAGAAGUUUAAAAAGGUCAUAUAUCCUGGAGCAGGAAAACUUCCACGCAUCAUUGGAGGAUCUGAUCUAAUACCUCAUCAUGCUCGAAAGAAUGCAGAAUUAGAAGACUGGCUGAAGCAGGAAAUGGAGGUACAAAAACAACAUGCAAAGGAAGAGUCUCUUGCUGAUGACCUCUUUAGAUAUAAUCCUAACGUCAAAAGGAGAAGAUAACUGAGAACUUCAAAUGGAAAUUAUGAAAACAUGUUUCCAGAAGUUACUUCAAACUAACAGAUAAAUGAAUAGCCUAUACAAGAAGGUUUAAGUUGCAAAGUAUUUUGUCUUAAGUUUGUUACAUAAAAUGCAUACAACUCCA